UCUCUGCAGCCAGCACUGGCCUUUUAAGCACUGAGGCCAGGUGUACCUCGUUGUGCAAUUAGUAGCUUCACCUGGGCUGGAGACAACAGAAGGGGAGAAGGGACACAGGGCACAGGGAAACAUACAGCCGUAACACUAAGCUCCUCCCCCUCUCUCCAGAGGAAACUCAUUUCAGACGCUCGUAUCCUCGAUCUUCUUCUUUCAGUCUAAAGCUCAUGACCUCAGGUUGAGGGUUAGAACGACAAUAGACCGUAAAUGGAGAGCGUUGCCUUCAGGCUCAGCUCGCUCUUCACCACAACGGCCCAACACGGUCUCAAACCUGCGCCCGCCGCACCAAUCCACCUGUCACGCUCCCGCUCCAUCUUACCUCGAAACAAGACUCUAAGAUACCUGACCUCCUUCGCUGGAGGCGGAGACUCGCUCUAAUCCACUAAAACUAACAGACCGCUCACUCAGUCACCCCGAGGUCACUUCAGGGUCACUUCGGGGUCACUUCUGAAAAGGACUACAGCAGCCUGUGUGAGCGGCAGCCCAUCGGACGUUUACUCUUCAGACAUUUCUGUGAGACGCGACCUGAGCUGAGACGCUGCGUCAAGUUCCUGGACGCUGUGGCGGAGUACGAGGUGACGCCGGACGAGAAGAGGAAGGAGUGCGGUCAGGAGCUGGUCGACAAAUACUUCGACCCACAGUCAGAGGAUCAUGUUCCUGAGGUGGAGGAGGCCAUGUUGGCUCGGUGCACUGAGAGGCUGCAGCACGAGUCCUGUAAAGAACUCUUCAACGACUGUACAAAAUUGAUCCACGACUACCUGAGCGUGGCGCCGUUCGCAGACUACCUCGACAGCAUGUACUACAACAGAUUCCUCCAGUGGAAGUGGCUGGAGAGGCAGCCAGUGACGAAAAACACGUUCCGACAGUAUCGAGUUUUAGGGAAAGGAGGCUUCGGAGAGGUGUGUGCGUGUCAGGUACGGGCCACGGGGAAGAUGUACGCCUGCAAGAAACUGGAGAAGAAGAGGAUCAAGAAGAGGAAAGGAGAGUCCAUGGCGCUCAAUGAGAAACAGAUCCUGGAGAAGGUCAACAGCAGAUUUGUGGUGAGCUUAGCGUACGCCUACGAGACGAAGGACGCCCUGUGUCUCGUGUUGACGCUGAUGAACGGAGGCGACCUGAAGUUUCACAUCUACCACAUGGGCGAGGCGGGUUUCGACGAGAAGAGAGCCGUGUUCUACUCUGCAGAGAUCUGCUGCGGGCUGGAGGACCUGCACCGAGAGCGCAUCGCAUACAGGGACCUGAAACCUGAAAACAUCCUGCUGGACGACCACGGUCACAUCAGGAUUUCAGACCUCGGGUUAGUGGUUCAUGUUCCCGAGGGGCAAAACAUCAAAGGACGAGUGGGAACAGUGGGGUACAUGGCUCCGGAGGUGGUGAAGAACGAGCGCUACACGUUCAGUCCUGAUUGGUGGGCUCUGGGCUGCCUGCUGUACGAGAUGAUCGAGGGUCAGUCUCCGUUCCAGCAGAGGAAGAAGAAGAUCAAGAGGGAGGAAGUGGAGCGGCUGGUGAGGGAGGUGGACGAGGAAUACUCCAGCAAGUUCUCAGAGGACGCCAAGAGCAUCUGUAAAAUGCUCCUGGCCAAAGAGCCGUCAGAGCGUCUCGGUUGUCAAGGAGACGGCGCCACGGAGGUCAAAGCUCAUCCCAUCUUCAGAUCCAUCAACUUCAAACGUCUGGAGGCCGGCAUGCUGCAGGCGCCCUUCACUCCUGAUCCCCAGGCGAUCUACUGUAAAGACGUGCUGGACAUCGAGCAGUUCUCCACGGUGAAAGGAGUCGAGCUGGAGCCGAAAGACGAGUCCUUCUACAGCAAAGUGUCGACGGGCUGCGUGUCCAUCCCCUGGCAGGACGAGAUGAUUGAGACCGAGUGUUUCAGGGAGCUGAAUGUUUUCCACCAGGACGGGACGGUUCCUCCUGACCUGGACUGGAGAGGACAGCCGUCCCCUCCGCCCAAACAGGGCCUCCUGCAGUGGCUGUUUGGCCGACAGGACUGCUGUGGUAACUGCAGCGACAGUGAUGAGGAGCCAACAAGGCUGUGACA